AUGGCUCCCUCGGCCCUCCUGAGCUUCUUCGGCUUCGGCAUGAUACCGAGCAGGAAACGCGACAAAGGCGGCACCAAGUCUCACCCUUCGUCGAACUCGACUGCUCUUACUCCCAGCAAAAGACUACCAAAGCCUCCUGGCGCCUCGGCCCCGGUUCCUACCUCUCGCGCAGCACCUCCGGCAUCACCACCACAGCCGCAAUGGCAGCCUCAGUACGACGGGGCAAACUACCAGUUCCGGCCGGCAGGCUACCUGCCAGGACCCAACGGAUGGAUGCCACCACCGGCAUCCUACCCUUACGAAGGCGGCCAGGCUGCGCCGCCGAUAAUAAUGCACCAACAUUACUACAUCUCACCGGCGGCGCCGCCACCAAUGCCGCCACCGAAAGGCCCUGUCAACUACGGCGGCGGCGGUUCAUCCACUGCCGAUUCCAUGUUCAACAUGGCCAACGAUGCGCUCCCAUCAUCGCUGCAGGUGGCACCGCCUCCGCGAUACGACGACUGCUUGCCGGCAUGGCACGACUACGGCACACAGCUGCUCAACCAAAGCGCCGCAAUCUGCGACCAGCUCCAGUCCAGGCUCAACGACGUGCUAACUUCAAUCGACCUGGAGCACUACAAGGGCAACGAGAGGGAGCUGUUCACGCUACCCUCGGCGCAGUCGCCCGGCAUCGGGCCCUCGCGCCCGGGUCAGCCUGUGGGACUUCUCCCUGCCGCGAGCGCCUCUGCUCCGUCGUCGCCCAGGCCUUCUUCGGCUCCCACGCGAUCCUCUUCCAGGAGGUCUACCACUAAGAAGAGCCACCAUCGCAAGGAGCACUCCAAGUGCCAGAGCACCGCUCUGACAGCCAACGUGGCGUCGAGCGACUACUUCGCCAAGGUCGAUCUUUACGCUAACUCCAAGCUGCCGAUGAACCUCCCGCCCCUCAAACUCUACAUCCCGACAUGGCCCAUCUUAUGUCUCGCGGCGCAGUACUCGGAGCGAGUGUAUGACAACCCUCGCGGUGCCGAGCGCGACACGCACGUGGACUCGGACUGGCGGACGGGCGCCAAGGCCAUGACCAUCAAGUCGGUGCCAAUGGACCACAUGAACACCAUCGUGUUCGCGAUCCGCGGCACCGCCACUUUUAUGGACUGGACCGUCAAUCUCAACACGGCCCCAGCCUCGCCCAAGGGCUUCCUCGACGACCCGGGCAACUUCUGCCACGCGGGGUUCCUCAGCGUCGCCCGCAGUAUGGUGGCGCCCGUCGCCGCCCGCCUGCGCCGCCUGCUCGAGGAGGACCCGGGCCGGAGCAGCUAUAGCCUCCUACUAACGGGCCACUCGGCCGGCGGCGCCGUCGCCGCCCUGCUGUACAGCCACAUGAUGGGGUCCGGCCGUAACGGGUCGUCCUCGGAGCUGUCGCAGAUGGCCGGCUGCUUCCGGCGCAUCCACUGCGUCACCUUUGGCGCGCCCCCGGUGUCCCUCAUGCCGCUGGUGGCGCCCGAGCCCGCCAUAGACGACGGCAACGGCGGCAGCAGCAGCAGCAGCAGCGCCGCCACUAGCGGCGGUGGCAACGGGAGGAAGAGCCUGUUCCUCAGCUUCAUCAACGAGGGCGACCCGGUCGCGCGGGCUGACAAGGCCUACGUCAAGAGCCUUCUCGAGCUGUUCGCAGCACCCGCGCCCCCGUCGUCGUCUCCAAUGUCGAGGGAUGGAGGCGGCAGCAGCAGCGGCAGCAGCAGCGGUAGCAGCAGCGGCAGGUCGCACAGGCCGGGUAAGAAGUCGUCGUCGUCGUCCGUCUCGGGCUCCUCGUCGCACUCGAAGAGGUCCUCGUCCGGGGGCGGCGGCGGCGUCAGCGGCAGCAGCAGCAGCAGCAGCGGCGGCGGUGGCGCCGGCGGUAGCAGCCGGUCGUCCCGCUCCUCCUCCUCCUCCUACCCCCCCUCCUCGGCCUCGUCGGGCACCGUCUGGCACGUGCCGCCGACGACGCUCAGCAACGCCGGGCGAGUCGUGGUGCUGCGGUCGGGCGACCCCAAGUCGCGCCUCAAGGGCCGUAAGACGGUCGAGGAGCGCCUCAACGAAGGCGUCGUCGCCCAGGUCACGACCGACGACCAGCUGCGCGGCAUCAUCUGGGGCGACCCCGUCGCGCACCUCAUGCGCCUCUACGCCGGCCGCAUCGAGGUCCUGGCCGUCGGCGCCGUCACCGCCAAGGGCUACUGA